ACCCUGCGACCGUCCGAUUGCGAUACUUCCUGCGUUUCCUGUUGGCGAACGGUCCGAAUCCUGAGGCUGACGUCAGUCCCGCGCAACCCCGAAGAGACUCGGGACGAUAGAAGGGGAUGUGGCGGCUAUAAAAAAGUGCGGCACGCGGCUACCCUCUCACAAUCGCGCGCGGCUCACGCUACGGAUCGCAUAGGUUCGCCGAAGAAAUCCAAGUUUUUCCAACUUCCACGCUCGAUUCGAUUGGCAUCAUGUAUCAUAAAAUUCGACUCGGCUUCCUCGCAAUAAUAUUGCUGUUAUGCUUGACCUUGGACCACGAAGCUGAAGCUCAGCUGAACUUCUCGACCGGUUGGGGAAAGAGGAGUCGAAGGGUGGGCGUCCUCGAAUGGGGUGCCGGUAGAAACGAUUGCGCGUCGCAGGCCAGACCCUCUUUCGAACAGCUGCUGACCGUCUAUAACGUGAUACAGGCGGAGGCGCAAAGGUUGAUCGAUUGUCGAAAGUUGAGCGAAUGAAUCGAGUCCAACGGUGAUCGGCGUUAGUAUCGGCGAAUAUAUAGACAUUAGAGCGUUCGUAUGUGUGGGUGUGUGCAUGGGUGUACGUCUGGUAACGAGCGUGUGCACGUGCGUGCAUCGAUUGCCCGUUUAAAGAUCGGCGAGUCGUCGAGCGACCUGUUCGCGUUUUCCCGGUCCGCAUGACGUUUCGUCGUCCGAUUCGAAUCGUAAGCGGGAGCGUGCAAAGGUUGGCUCGAAAUGUUCUCGGCCGAUCGAAACGUGGCUUGUAAAAUUAACGAUACGAAAACGAUAAUACAAACAAUGAGCAGUAAAA